UGAGCGAAUGGCAUGUAGAAUGUAAACACUGAGUGCAAGAAACAGAUGACUAGUUCGAUCUGGUGAAAGUUACUUAAUUCUUCUCGUUACGUAUGGAGAUUCGUUAGACCCAUGGAAAAAUGGUUCGACUCAGGAUACGGUAUCGGUGUGUAGCAUUGGCCUUCAUUUUAUCACAGGUUUUAGUUGGAUUUUGGUUCUUUCAACCCAUGGAUCCUGCCAAGCAGUUUCUCAAACGUUUAUUCACUGAAGGUGGUCAAACGAUCCUUCACUUGAGAGACCAGCCAACAGUGACAAUGUAUGCGGCCUAUGGGAAGGAUUUGUGUGUGAGAGAAGGCACACUGGUUAAAGCUAGUUCAGAAGGCAAUUGUGUUUGUCGGCCAGGAUGGAAAGGGAAGAGAUGUGGAGUUCCGGAAAUUAUGCAAAGAACUGAUUGGAUGCAAAAUCCAGAUUUAUCCAAAAAUAUUCAGCUUAGAAAGAGACCCAGACGAGUUAUUUUGGUAAGUCCAUUUAUCCAUGAGUAUGAUAUCUUUGAAGCUAAUGUUAAUGAACUAGUUGGACUUGUAGACGUUUUUGUGAUAGGUGAAACAAAUUAUACUGUUGCUAGUAAUAAUUCUUUACCAAUUUUAAGUAAGUUGAAAGAUGGUUGGCUUAAGGAUACUCAAAAUAGAAUUAUUUAUGUGCCUGUGAGAGAAAGUGACCUAAAGAAAAGAUCCUUUGUUCAAAAUCUAGUUCAAACUGGGUUGCGUUUAGUUAGUGAUAUCCGUCCAGAUGACCUCUUUAUCCUAACUAAUGGGGAAGAGAUACUUCGCCGGGAUGUAGUGACAUUUCUCAAACUUUUUCAAGGGUAUCCAUUGCCAGUUAAGUGUCAGUUUAAGCAUUAUAUGUAUGGGUUUUAUUGGUCCCUUCCUGAAAAUAGCAAUCUUACAAAACCUGAAGUGUGUGCAUCAUCCUUCCAAUUUCUUGCCAAUGCUUUUGAGUACCAGGUAUCUCGUUUGCAAGAGGGCAGUGUGUUAGAAGAGGAUUUAAACUUUUUCACUUCACAUGAACAACCAGUUGUUAAUUGGACAAUUCCAGAAGCAGGCUGGAGGUGCCAUUUAUGUCUUUCUGUAGAAAAUAUCUUUCAAAAAUUGUCAAGUAGGUCUGAGAGUCCUCCAAAAUGGCUGUUACCAAGCUCAUCAUAUUCCAGCAUAUCUCCUUUUAUUCAGCGUUUGAUUAAAUUUGGUCAAGAUGAGAAUCUUGAACCUGUAGGGGUCCCUGUUCACAACAUUGCCGAAGAAGAACUGCCUCCAUAUCUGAACAGAAACAAAGAAAAAUUUGCUCACUUUUUUAAAAACCCCUAUGAAACAGCAUCCAUCCAUAACCUUGUAUAGUGCCUUCCCUAUUUAGUUCAUAAAUGCUGUGGGGUACCAUUUCCAUUUUUGUAUAAUACUACUGUAUAUGUCAGUCCAUAGACCAGUGGUUCAGCAUUUUGUCAUUGAAGAGCUUAGGAAGGAUUGAGUUCUCAAAGUUAAACUAAGAAUAUUACUUAUUGUUCUAUCACAGGUACAGAAUAGUUGAGUAUGUCUUUCAUUUAUGCGACAUUUUGUAUUGAUUAAAUGCAUGUGCAUUGUUUUUCUUUAUUGUAACAAUAAUAAGUUGAAGAAAAAAUUUUCAUGUUCAACACUAUCACAAAACUUUAUAUCUAGAACUAUAUAAUACUAUGUACUCUGAAAUGUUUUUCCUUUAAUUCAUUUACAUCAUCAGUGCUUAGUAAAAAGUAUUUUUCUACUUGCAAAGCCAUUAUUUGCAUAAACCAAAUUUUGUGGUCUUUACAAAUCUUAGAAACUCCUUACCUGAAUCAAAAGAUAAUAGUCUGAUGGCUGGCUGGUUGACUGGGUAUGCCCCCCAACCCCCCCUCCCACCCCCAUGUUUCUUCUUUGAACAUUUUUUUUUUAUUUCCCUCGUGGACUUACAGAUUUAGCAGACAAGUUAGUGAAUUAGUAUGAAUUAUGUCCAUCACCUGAAAAUGAUAUUAUAUCAGUGAGGAGUGUUUCACUACCUUUCUCAGCCUUGUCAGUUGUCUUUUACCUUGAAUGGUUAUUGUAAGUCAGGUACUUUUUAAAAUUUAUUGUUGUUAUAUAUCCAUCAAACUGAAUUUCAUAUUUGUUAAGCUAACAAGUAUUGACCUUUAAAGGAAUCAAUGCUAGAUGGGUGCUACUUUUUUUGCUCACUUUAGGUAGCUCAGUUGUUUGUUAUGUUGGCUAUGUGCUGUUCAGUUUUAUUGCAUAAAUCCCUGUUAAAGGAUUGUACUGCCCUACCUCCAUAGUUUUUACAUAAGUAUCAGUAUUCAGUUAUGUUGCAAAGCUCAGUACUCUUGUUAGUUUAAUCAAAUGCUCCUCUAACUUUGGGCUGCUAUAGUUAAUAUUAAAAGCUUUCAUUACAUGUCCAUAUUAUAAUUUUGAGUUUCAUAAAAUGGCAAAUUCUUCCUCUUAUAUUGUGAAACAAAGUUAAUAAUUAUUUUGUGAGUAUAUCAAAUGAGAUUUAUAUUGAGUGAAUUUUUUAAUACAAACCAAUGUUAGAAUCAGGGUUUCACUUCCUAAAACCACUAAUUUCUCACAGCCAUUGCCAGAAUUACAUAAGAUGUGAGGUUCUUACUAUACUGAAUUUGAGAUUCAUGGGGAUGCAAGCACAGAGCUCUCAGCCAAGCGGCAGACACUGAUGGUCUUUUGACUUGGGAAUGUUUUGUCUAGGAAUUGUGAAGACCACAGAUAUGGACUAUAUAAAUGAUGGAGUUGUAUUGAAAAAAAUAUUUGUAUUUUACAAAACCUUGAAAUUUCUUCCCAUACUUUAUUGACAGGUUUGCCGUCAUUUUUUAUCUAAGUUACUUGACUUGAGCUGAUAGUUUCAAUGAGACAAGUAAAUUUAGUUCAUAAUUGAAGGGUCAUGUUUUGUUACACAAAAUAACACCUUUCAGGAGAGAACCUAAUUGUUUGUUGCCUAUACAAAAAUGAUGAAGUAUGCUAAGAAUAUUCCAGUUUCUGUUUAUUAGGUUUUUAUUUAGUCAACGGUUACUGUUUGAAUUUCAUAAAGUACCUAAUUUGCUUUUUUGUACACAUUUAGAUAUGGUAAUGUUACUCGUAUGAUUGAAUGGAAAUUUUUUGUAUUAUGCACAGAAAAUAUUGUAAAAUAGAAAAUUUUUAAUUUAAUGUAUUAAAACUAGCAUUUUGUUUUAUAGUAGUGUGUAUAAUUUUGAUGAGUAAAAUAAAGGAAAAGCAUAAUCAUGUAAAGCCAGUGAGACAGUGCAGUAGAAUCUCUCAAUAACAGAAAUGCUACUCCCAUCGUUAGUUGAUUUUUUUAGUUAUUAACUGUGAUGCUACCAGGCAAACUGAAAUAUGAUGAAAUACUUUUUGAAUUUGACCUGGAUGAGAUGACCAGGUUUGGUGCUAUUUAACAGUGCAUACACAGGGUAAGAUCUGAUUUUAUACUAAGUAGAAUUAUGUGCAAGUAUGGCUCUCUGUUUCAAGUAUCCUCUGUGAUAGUUAUUAAUUUCUUUAUCCAUGUUCAGCUGUGAUAAUUAAUAAAUUGGAUUACUUUUAUAUUUUCAUGCACUGUAGACCAAUCAUAUCUUUUGUUGCCUUUAUAAAAUUAUCUUCAUCCCUUCAGCUAUUUCAAGCUAAGGGGUUGGUUACCUUGAUGUAUUUUCCCCAGCUAUUUCUAUUGAGAGCAUCUUCCUCCACUAAUCCUUCUCUCAUUCUUCCUUCACUUUAUCACAUCAUGUAAUUUUUUGCCUCCUCCUUGACCUACCCCUAGCAGGUUCCAUGUUAAACCCUUUACUCUCCACCCUCACUUGUUUGUGCAAACUGGUCAUACUACGUACUCUUAUCUUAUUAAUAUUUCCCGACCCUGCACUUCUAAUUUCUUCCUUUUCCCACCUUUCUUGUGCAAGAUCCCCAGAAUCCACCUCAGUAUUGUCAUUUCUGUUGCUUUCUUAAUGGUUAUAUUUUUAAACGAUACAUCAUCACAGGUUCAAUUAUUUAAAAUUUGGUCCUGUUUUAUUCUUGUAUAAAUAACGUGUUCAUUUUCCUCCUUGCUGGACAUCAUAACCUUCAAACCAGCCCACUCUGGAGAUUCUUGCAACUCUUAUACCCUUCCGUGUAAUUCUUCUCAGUCUUAGUCAUAAUCACCAGAUCAUCUGCAUAAGCAAUACCCAUAGUUUUCAUUCCUAAUCCUUCACCCAUGUUAUCCGUAAUCAGUACAAAUAGAAAUGGAUUAAAUGCCAAUCCUUGAUGUCAGCCAACUUUAACUUCAACCUUUUUUGUUUUGCCACAGGCUGAUAUUACUGCUGUCCUUGUUCUUUUAAACAUCAUUUCAGCAAACUUGAAAUAACUUUUCUGGUAAUUUCCAAUUCUUUAAAUGCCAAAUUACUGGCUCCCUUAGUAUUCUAUCAAAUGCCUUCUCAGGUCUAUAAAAGCACCGUAGAGCUUCUGAUUACCUUCCAUCAUCUUUUCCCCUAAGUGAUUACAUUCAGCAUCUUCUCCUGUAACUGUCAUACUAUAAGACUAUCAAUUGUACCUCACCAUCUAAUGAAACUGCACUGCUGUUUAUAAUUGUUAACAAUCUUUACAUAAAAUUUUAACAAUUAUUUGUAAUCUCUCAUCAAGCAUUCUUUCUCAAACCUUCAGCAAAUGUUUUAUGUAUCUGAUUCUUCUAUAAUAACCACACUUCAUAAUAUCUCCCUUCUAUUUAAAAAACAUUUACCAUUAGACUUUUUUCCUCAUUACUUUCCCUUCCCAGCUCUAACAGCUCUAGAAUUCAUUCCUGCCCCUCUAUAGCAGGUAUCUUCAACAUUUCAAUUUGCACUUGAUAGACCUGGUGCUUUGCUGUACCACAUUUUACAUAGAGCUGUCUUUACUUCUGUAUACUGCAUCCCACCAGCCCAUCCUCUAUCCCCACCUUUUCCACAUCUGUGUCAUACACUAAUGCAUUCUCUCCAUCUUUUUAUAUUUUAUGUUAAGUUUGUUUUUAUUUCCAAGAUGUACUUUUUAUCCUAAUACAGACUGCUAUAAAAUACUGUUUAAUUAGUGCCUAAAAUUAUUUGUAAAGUCUGGUGCAAGCAUAAGGGCACUCUAAGCUUUGGCAAAAAUUUGUAUUUGGUAAUGAAAGUUUCCAGUGAAUGAAUACCCCAAAUUUCCAUAUUCUGUUAUUGAGUGAUUCCACUGUAUUAAUAUGUAUGUUCAAUCAUCAGUGUAGAAUGCUUCUUAGGGCAAUCUUCAUUCCUUUUAAAGUGAUUAUGUGCUGUCAUUUGGUUACUUUAUUUCUAAUGGUAAAUUAAAUUUUAAGUAAUGUAGUUGUAUUGUAUUUUUAUAGAAAAAGAUUUUCUGUUUAUUGAAUUUCACUGAGUGUACUAUGUGAAGUAUAUUACAAUAAUUUUGCAAGGGACAAUGAUAUAUUGUGAUAGUAUAUACAGAAAUUAGAGGCUUGUAAAAUGUUCUCAAAGGUUAUUUAUUAGAAUUUAAGCAUUAAGGAAAGAUUGAAUAUAUGUUAUUACUCAUAGAAAAUAAGGCAUGAGACACCUAACAGAAUAUAUUAAUAAUUGUACAGUGUUAUGGAAGAAAAAGGUUACCAGAAUGAAUGAUUAAGAAGAUAUUUAAUGAAGUUGAGUUUGUUAGAUUGGUAGUAAAUGUAGCAUUACAUAUUCCUUAAGAAAUACUGUUUGCAUAUUUUUAAUGUUUGAUUUUAACAAGAGAAGUUGUAUUCACAAAGCAUCACUCUCACAUGAGGAACUAAUUAUAUAGUUAUAAGGUAUUUCUAGUCAAAACAGUUGUUAAAUUUAUAAGCCGUUAAAGUGAGGUCUGCUGAAUUGAACAUGUGGCAUGUGUAAACUUAAAGGAAAAGAAAAAACCAGUUUUGUAUAAAGUAGCAGCUGAUUAACCAAGUCAUAUAAGUUGAAACAUUAGAUCAUGGAAACCUUUUUUUCAGACGUUGCAUGAAUGACGUAACUACGUCAUUAUAUUAUUACUUCAUGUUACUCAGUUAUGGUGAUAAAUGCUUAAGAAUAUUACCCCAGAGAUGUUAACUGGAUUUCAGAGAAGGUCCAUGAAAACUGUUAGGAGCAUAAAACGGAUGAAUAAGCCAUCCAAAGCAGUUGAGGCUUUUCUUCUGAAUUUAUGAGUUUGUCUGCACUUGAUUUACAGGGAAAGAGUUUUAUUUAUACACAGUUCUUAAUUCCUAAAAGUUACCCGGCAAUAUGGCCCAGAUUUUAUUCUAAUAUUCUUGGCACAGACAUGAAUUAAAGUAUAUUAAAAAUUUUUAUAACAUCAGAUUUUUCAGUACUAGACUGCAAUGCACUUGUGAACUUCAGAUUUUACAUUAAUAAACUGCAAUGCACUUUAUCAACAGCCACAUAAUUGGAUUAAGUUUUGUGGAAAAAAUAAAAAUGUUAGAAUUUAUAUUUCAUCAACAUUAGUUUGAUGAAGUAAUGCAAUUGGAAGUUUUCCCAGUUCAUUAACCCCCACAGCAGAAAAAAUGUUUCUAGUUCCAUAUAUAUCACUAUUGGCAACUCUUCAGAUCACCAUAUAAGAGUAUGAGUGAGCUGAGAGCCCCUCAGUCCUGCUUGAGGUGGUAAGGGGGAAUGUGGUCACAAAUUCCCAUCCAAGGAUGCAUCGUAAAUAUUUUACAAUAAAUAUGCUAGGAAUUUG